GCGCCUGGGUCGGGGAAGUCGUCACUUAUUGUCGCCAUUGCCAACUUCUUGAACUAUGACGUGUUCGACCUCGAGCUCACCCGCGUGGCCACCAACUCUGACCUGAGGUCCCUCCUCGUGCAGACCACCGACCGCUCCGUCAUCGUGAUUGAGGAUAUCGACUGCUCUCUCCAGAUCACCGGAGACCGCCAAAACCACAACGGUGACGACAGCGACGACGACGAGAGCAAUAACAAUGGGAGAGUGACGUUGUCAGGGUUACUGAACUUCACCGACGGACUGUGGUCGUGCUGCGGGGAGCAGAGGAUAAUAGUAUUCACGACAAAUUACAAAGACGGAGUCGACGAGGCACUGCUGAGGGCAGGGAGGAUGGACGUCCACCUGAGACUCGGAGAAUGCGGUGUGCACGUAAUGAGGGAGAUGGUGGAGAGGUAUGUUGGGGUGGCGGAGGAGGUUAAGGAGAUGGCGGACGUGGCGGAGAGCUGCGUGAGGGCGGGAGCGGCGAUGACGCCAGCUGAGGUCGGGGAGGUGCUAAUGAGGAGUAGGGAGGAUCCGCUGACCGCCGUUAGUGGCGGAGCUGCAGGCGAGGAUUGGCGGUGGAGAAGAGACAAGACGAGGAGGGGGACGAGUUGUGGUGAGGUUACCGGCGGAGGAGGGGGGUGGGAGGGGAGGGUGAGGUUUUUGGGGAGGUUGAGGAGUUUGACUAAGUCUGAGUCUGGGAGGAGAGGGGUUUAGGGUUUUUGGAGCUUGGAUUAGUUCUAUUAAUUAGGAUUAGGGCUUUAACUUAUGAUGCUCUCUGUAUUUGGUUGUUUUUCGUUAGUAAAGCGGUAGCAUUGUGUAAUUAAGUCAAUAUGGCCGACUUCGAAAGUUUGUGCACUAAU